AUGUUAUCUACAAUUAGUCCAUCAUCAUCAUCAGCACCACACCCACCUCAAGACCAUUUCCAUAAUGAUUCAUCUAAAAGUGGUGAUAAAAACUCAUCUUUGCCUGCUCAAUUUCAAACACAACCAUCUGAUGAUGAAUUAACUAUAAAAUUACCAUUAUUAACCUCAGAAAAUCUACUUCAGCGGCAAGAGGAAGAAGAACAAGUACAAGUACAAAAAGGUAAUCCAAUCGUAGAAUCAAGCAAUAACAAGAAUACCACCUUCACCACCACCACCAACAACAACAACAAUGACAAUGACAAUCAUCGCUCUCCAUCAACACCAACUUCUUUUAAAGGUACUAGAUCAGAAACAAAUUCAAAUUAUACUCAUGAAACGACUCCUUCAUCACUUGAUCACAAUGAUUCUAAAUCAACAUUACCCCCUUCUGAUACUAGUUAUCAAUUCAAUCUUAAAAUAAAUAACCCUCGUUCAUCAUUUGAUAUUGACCCUUUACACAAACCAAUUAGUAACAAUCAUGAACAACACCAUUCAGGGGCUAACCAUACUAUCAAAUCACCACAACCAGUAUCACAACCAACUGCAGACCCUAUUUCGAUACCUCAAAAAACAAAAACUAUAACAAGUUCAACAACAACAACAACAACAGAAACCCCGAAAAAUAUUCGAAGACACACUUCUCCUAUGCCUAUGCCUAUGCUACCGAGAAGAAGUUUGGAUGGUCACGUUGGAUCAUCAAAAUUACAAAAAUUCACUUCAAGAACUGAUUCUGCCAUUGCCUUGACUCGACAUUCAAUAAAUAUAGAUAGACCAACCAAUAGAAGUACAUUUGGUGGAACGGGUUCACCACGUGCUUUACCUAUAAGUUCUACUCAUGAAAUUCAACGAAUGAGAGAUUCAAUUUUAUUGAAACGACAUAUGAAGAAAAGACCAACUGAAGAAGAUAAAGUGUUGGUGGGGAAUAAAAUCAGUGAAGGUCAUGAAAAUUUUGUCAUGGCAUAUAAUAUGUUGACGGGUAUAAGAGUGGCAGUUUCUAGAUGUUCUGGAGUAAUGAGAAAAUUGACUGAAGAAGAUUUUAAAGCGACUAAAAAAUUAUCAUUUAAUUUUGAUGGUAGUGAAUUAACUCCUAGUUCUAAAUAUGAUUUUAAAUUUAAAGAUUAUUGUCCUGAAGUUUUCCGAGAAUUGAGACAAAUAUUUGGUAUUGAUCCUGCUGAUUAUUUAGUAUCAAUUACUGGGAAAUAUAUUUUGUCAGAAUUAGGAUCACCGGGGAAAUCAGGGUCAUUUUUUUAUUAUUCCAGAGAUUUCCGUUUUAUUAUUAAAACCAUUCAUCAUUCUGAACAUAAACAAUUGUUAAGAAUGUUAAAAGAUUAUCAUCAUCAUGUUAAAGAUAAUCCUAAUACAUUAAUAUCACAAUUUUAUGGAUUACAUCGAGUGAAAAUGCCAUUAUUUGGUGGUGGGAGUCGUAAAGUACAUUUUGUGGUUAUGAAUAAUUUAUUCCCACCUCAUCGUGAUAUUCAUCUUAAAUAUGAUUUAAAAGGAUCAACUUGGGGUAGAAAUACCACCAUCUUUCCGGGAUGGGAUGAAAAAGAAUUAUCAAAACAUACAUUAAAAGAUCUUAAUUGGUUAGAAAGACAUCAAAAAAUUCAAUUUGGUCCCGAAAAACGACAUAUUUUUUUCAAACAAUUAGAAGCAGAUGUGAAAUUAUUACAAAAAGUCAAUGUAAUGGAUUAUUCUUUAUUAUUAGGAAUUCAUGAUGUUAAAAAGGGAAAUACUGCUGAUAUUGAAAAACAAUUAUCAGUUUUUGAACCUAAAUCUUUUGAUAAACGUGCCCUUAUAAAUACUAAUCCUAGAGAUUUAGAUCGUCAACAAGAUUUACCUAAUGAUGUUUUCCCUGGUCGAUCUAAAUAUGUAUUUUAUGGUCAUGAUGGAGGGAUUCGUGCUACUAGUGAAGAAAAUAUCCCAACAUCAGAGAUAUAUUAUCUUGGUAUUAUUGAUUGUUUAACAAAUUAUUCAUUGAAAAAAAGAUUAGAAACAUGUUGGAGAAGUUUAAGUCAUCCAAGAAAUACAAUCCUGGCGGUUCCUGCUAGAGAAUAUGGUGAUAGAUUUCUUGAAUUUAUAAAGAAAGGUACAACUCAAUUAAAAAAGAAGCGGAACUAA